AUGGAUGAAUCAAUUUUAAUGUACUGGGAAUUGCGGUCGUCUUUUCUAAACGAUCUGGAAGUCAACAACAAUUGGUUCAUGAUGAACUUGAACUGGGGCUCUGUGAAGAUACCGUAUUUGCCCAUGACCGCGACCUCCGGGUCCUUACAUAGCGCUUUGAGUGCUUUAUCUGAAAUGUUGGCCACCACAGUCACCAAGGAAGAGAUUUCUGGAGUCAAACGUUGCGAGGUCCAACAGGAGAAGAAGAACGGCAGAUAG